ACUACAUUGUUGAGCUUUGCAUAGAUAACGCUAUCGUCGAUUUAAUGUCAAAAACGGCUCAUUCAGACGCGUCCGAGCCGCGCAGCACUUUAAUAGCAGUAGAAAGCUUGCUUGAGGAGCGUGCCACCUGGUGCGAGAGAGUGUGUGAAUUGAGAGGCUGAGAUGCUGUCCACCGGUCCAGAGCUGCGGCUGCUGCGGCUAUUGUCUUGUUUAACUCUUGUUUUACUUUUCCAAGUCGGCGAAGCCAAGAGGGACUUAAAAAGCGCCUGCACCACCUGCGAGCAAAUUAUCGAUAACUUCAAUAAGGGCAUUGAGAGGACCGCAAAUCAGAACUUUGGAGGAGGCAACACCGCCUGGGAGGAGAGGAAACUGUCCAAAUAUGAGACAAGCGAGAUCCGUCUCAUGGAGAUCGUGGAGGGGCUGUGCGAGAGCAGCAGCUUCGAGUGCAACCGCAUGGUAGAAGAACACGAGGAACAUUUUGAGACCUGGUGGUUCAAGAGGAAAACAAAACACCCCGAUCUGCAUAAAUGGUUCUGCAUCGAGACCAUCAAAGUGUGCUGUCCAAAGGGGACGUUCGGACCCGACUGCAACUCCUGCGUGGGAGGCUCUGAGACGCCCUGUCAUGGAAAUGGAAGGUGCGACGGCGACGGAACCCGCGGAGGAAACGGGAAGUGCAGCUGUGACCACGGUUAUCAAGGGGAGUUCUGCCUAGACUGCAUCGAUGGCUACUUCAACGAAGUGAGGAACGACACCUUCUCUCUGUGCACAGAAUGCCACUCUUCUUGCAAGACCUGCACUGGGGCGACACAUCAGGACUGUGAUGAGUGCAAGGAAGGCUGGGAGGAGGAUGAUCAAGAAGCCUGUGUUGAUGUGAAUGAGUGCGCCAAAGAAACAUCUACGUGUAAAGAAGAUCAAUACUGCCUUAACUCAGAAGGCUCCUACUCCUGCAAAGACUGCGACAAAGUUUGCUCUGGCUGCACUGGGUCCGGCCCUGAUAAGUGCCAAGCGUGUGCUGACGGAUACCAAUACACAGAGGGCACCUGCACAGAUAUCGAUGAGUGUAUUCAGUCAGAGCCAGUGUGCACGAAGGAGCACCAGGAGUGUAUCAAUAAUCAAGGCAGCUACUUCUGUAUCUGCGCCAGUGGCUAUGAGGAGCAAGAUGGCGAGUGUGUCCAAGCACCACAGCAAGAUGAAGCAGAGGAGUCAAAAGAAUCAGAGACAAAUCCACACAGCGAACUUUGAUGUCAAAACCGGGACCGGCGGGAGUCGAAUUUUCUGCACAUCCUUAACCCCCUUUCAUUUUAAAAUAUUCGACUACAUGCACUUCACAUGCCAGAUGCACUUAGAACCAACAAAAGCUGCCGACACUUGGCUUUUCCCCGGUGGAACGUGGCUGGAAGGACAUAAACAGAGACAUUUUAUGCCCUCAGUACACCUGUUGUCAUUGUUGCUGCUUUUCUCUGGUAUGCCCAACCCACCACUUGUCGUCUUUAUUUGUCGUAUGGUUUUAAAAAUGAAAAGUGUUUCAAUAAAGGUUGAUUAUGUUGAAUUUAA